CGAUGCUCCCACCGACACGCCUGCUUCUUUUGGCUUGUCCAAGGUUGCGAGCUCUGAACUCCGAGGAAAAUGAUCCGUGUAUAUGUGCCUAGCCACAUUGUCCUCGUUCCUCGAACGGAACAGUUGCGCUAUACUAACCCGAGCUCGUCGCAGUACUAAACGUCCCCGUGACAGAUUGAACAGCUAAUUCUUAUUGGCACUUACAGGAUCUACAGUGUAAGGUCGGCAUUAUUGCCUUGCGGUUUUGUUGGCCGCGCUUCAGCCAAGGUUGGGUCAAAGCUGAAUCAAUCAUUGACUCUGGCAGACGUUGGAGUGUGGGAGUAUUCGCUCCGAGGUAUUCGUGAUACGUAUGCUGACCCCUUACUGCGGGAAGUACAACAAGGUAUGUCAGCGCCAGCUGGGUUCGAGAGGUUGCUUAGGCACAUCUCGAUAACGGUAUCGUUUACCGGCGUGGCUGGCUUGACUGGCGUAACUUGAGCAGUGAUACACGGCGAAAGACUUACAAUAUCUAUCCCGAGGUCGUCUCGGGUCCGGUAAGGGCAAUACCACACGUUGGCUCGAGCAGGGCAUUUCUCGAAACAGUGCUCGGCACACACUCUCCGCACCUUCGAGAGAGCGUAUCGCAUUUCCCUCAGGCCAUUCAUCUCGGCAGAUGCCUCAAGCUCAGGGUUCUCGUGAUCUCGAGAACUUGAAGUUCGAGUCAAGCGCUUGGCAUGAGGGGGAAUUAGUCUGGAGUACAUGUAUUUGACCCACAGACAACGCGACCAUCUCUGCGCCGAGCAUGACUAUGGCUUGACGCAGCCUUGUCGUUUUGUUCAGGCCAGUAGCGACGUGUGUCUUCGGGGGGCACGGCCCGCAUAAGGUCACGGCCAAGUUCACAUAACACUUGUUUUGUACUUGGCUCGUCUGGAGCAUGCAGUGACUCUCCACCACGUCACGUUCGCCAUGUUCCGGGGAAGGUCCUCCCUGAGUCAAUGCGAGCCUGCUGCGAGUCUGGGCAUCUCUACAGCCGACAGAAAGCGGGGAGGGAUCGAUAUCAGUCCUGGCGCCGAGGCUGUGGGAAUGGACUUUUGAUUGAUAUGAAAGAGGCCCGAAUGCAAGAUGUCGAAGAACUCUGUCGAUGAUCUCUGCCAAACAGGGGACACAUUGGAUUCCGACAGACAAGGGUUUGUUCAAACUACUAACGAUGGCCGAAAAACCAUUCAAGACCGCGCAUGUCGAAAAGACUGACGAUGCAUCAUCUGUCGCAUCUACCACUCGCAAAGAUGAAGAAGCAGCCCCUGAAGUCAACCCCGACCAAGACUGGACUCCAGAAGAAGAAGCCGCGCUCGUAAGGUGGAUUGGCGGGUAUUCCCCAUGCUGUGCGUCGUCUUUGGGUUGUCUCUGCUGGACAGGACAAACAUCUCGGCGGCGUACAUUGCAGGGUUGGCCAAGGACGUGGGACUCUCACAGGGCCCCAGAUACUCUAUUGCAUUACUGGUAUUCUUCAUUGGCUACGCAUUGUUUGAACUUCCCAGUAACAUGGUGAUCCGGCGUUUCGGAGCACAAAUCUGGCUCAGUUUCCUGAUCACCUCAUGGGGUUUCUGUGUCCUUGGCAUGGGAUUUGUCAAGACCUGGACGAGCCUCACUGUGUGUCGAGCAUUAUUGGGCGUUUUCGAAGCAGGCCUCUUCCCCGGGUCCGUCUUCAUUAUCGGGUCCUGGUACAAGCAGUAUGAAACGGCGAGGAGAAUUUCCCUCUUCUACAUGGCAUCUCUGUUAGCCUCGGGCUUUGGACCCAUUCUUGCCUACGCGUUGUCCCUGAUUCGGGUUGGCGACGGUCUUUAUCGUCAAGGCUGGAGAUGGAUCUUCAUCCUCGAGGGCAUGGCGACCGUCAUUGCCGGGAUUAUAUCCUACUUUUUCCUGAUUGAGUUCCCCGAAAAAGUCAAGUGGUUGACCCCCCGGCAAAAACAUAUCGCCCAAGCCCGUCUGCAAGCGGACAAGUCUCUGAGAGAAUAUGUGCACCCAACCUUGAAAGAAUCCAUGAAGAUGCUGCUCGACUGGAAGCUCAUCAUCUACUCCAUUCAAUACUUUGUCGCCGCUUCCAGCGUGUAUUCGCUCGCAUACUUCCAACCGAUCAUCCUCCGCCAGGGCAUGGGCUACAGCUACGCCUUGUCGCAGGUGCUUCAGUCGCCUCCGCACGUGUUCGCCAUCAUCAUGAGUUUGCUCAUGGCAUGGGUCUCGGACAAAUACCGCACCCGAUGGGCCGUUCUGGUAUCCCAGAGCGUUACAGCCAUUGCCGGCCUGCUCAUCAUUCUCUACGCCAAGCCGCCCGGCGUCAGAUACUUUGGAAUUUACCUGGCCACCUUCGGCACUCAGGCAAAUGUCCCCGGAACCCUUACCUACGGCCAGAGCCAGACCGCCGAUGUCCGGAAGAAAGGCGUCGUGGCUGCAGCCAUGAUCUCCAUCGGUGCCGCCGGCGGUAUCACGGGCUCCACCAUCUUUAGGAGUCAGGAUGCACCGCAAUACCUCCCUGGAAUGUGGGCCACCAUCUCAAUGCAGAUGUUAUAUUCGACCGUCACGAUCCUCUUAAGCAUCUACCUCAGGCGCCAGAACCGGCUGGCCGACGAGGGCAAGAGACCGGCAUUGGAGGGCGUCGAGGGGUUCCGAUAUGCGCCCUGAAUGAAGGGGAAAGCGUGAGAGGGAGAGUGAGAGCGAGAGAGAGGACCGCAGCCCGCUGCACUUCCCCAUCAUCAGGUCCAUCGACGGCACGGCAUAUGCAUGCAUUUGCUGUCACAUGUUGCGUACCUCUUUACGAACAAAAUUGAGUCGACACAGAACAGAUACGAAAAUCUACCUAGGUAGGUAUUGAAUGAUAAAUCCCUAAGCAUACUAUGAGUAUACUACGGUACAUACUAGUACCAAGAUUGUUGUAUGGUAGGCAAUUUAGUAAUUAUCGUGCCG